UGUGCAUUGGUUGUGUGGUUGUGUUUUGGGAUUUCCCUUAAUUUAUGUGAUUUUUAUUUAUUUUCAAUAUUUUAUACUAUUACUUACAUUUAAAAAAUGAGCAAUACAUCUCUAGUAUUUAGCAAUCCUGAGAACUUGCCUGUAGAAAAUGUAACCAUAUCUAUAUCAAACACCGGCGUUCUGCGACAGAUAAAAGCACUGGACCCAUACUGGUUAGAGAAAAGAGAUUUAAUUCUAUAUGAAAGACCACCUUCAGGCUGUGAAUUAGUAUUAGGGGCAUUAGACUCUUGGAAGACCAAAAUGGAGGUGUAUAUUGGAAAUUUAAAAUGGCUUUUAGGACUUGAACAUUAUAGGUUUUGGAGUACAGUUUUAUACCAUCCGCAAUGUAUGGACUCGUUAAUAUCAUUUAUACAAGAAGCUAGCCCUCCAUACAUUCCUCCACAUGAAUCCAAAGAAGUACAAAAGUUAUAUGAUGAAAUACGGAGGCUUGUUCUUGUUGUGUUCAGUAGACUUGUUACAAAUAAGGAAAGUAAGUCGCAAUGGAUGACCAAAGAGCAUAUGGCGAAAAUUAUAUACGACAAGUUCAUAUUUACGAUACCGGUGCUUUGGGACAUAUGCGUGAUAUACGGUGCGGACAACUCCAGACACGUCUCACGUCUUAUGGACGCAGUAUUCUCUUUGCAGCCCCGUUACGAAACGGAUGCAAUGCAAGCUUUGAUGUUUGUGCAAGAAUCAUUCAAAUAUAUAAUCAUGCAAGUGAACAAGGACUACGAGAGCGCGGAGCCGCCGAACCUUCCAGAAACUUUCAAGGGCUUCGGGGAGAUAAAGCGACCCUCUGGGAGUAAGGUGCAGAAUAAGAUCACGUUCGACAUCCUCAAAGAUCUGGUCAUACAUAUGUUGGACACGGCUAUAACUUUGAGGAUAUUCGCCGAAGUUUAUCCCAAAAGUGUGGAUAUGAUGAAGAGGACUAACUUCGUUUUGAGUAUAGUCCAGCUCUACGAGUACGGAAUACCACUGCUGUAUGAAAAGCUUCUAGAAGUAGCAGAUGAGACCAGCGUCACGUACACAGAAGUUGAAGGCUAUAUCGAUUUGGCUCGCGCCGAAUUUAUCGAUAUACUGCGGGAAAUGCUUGCUGUAUACAAGAGUGCUAUACUAAAUAGAGAUGGUAGUAUAUCCAGCAACGUAGAAGCCUACCUGUCAGUUAUGUUGGACGCUUUAUCCGAGCGCCUGCUUAUAAAAGACUAUCAGAUGUGUUACCCGGUCCACGAGGACUUGGAAUUGCUGCGGCAGGCCUACCCGGAUAUAGACUCUGUAAAGACUGAUUUCAUUCUGCAAGCGAUUUAUUCUAACAUAGAUGAAGACGAUAUAAAACCGGAGGGAAUACAGACCACAGACAAACUAACGAAUGGCCAUGUUGAAACCAUAGACAACGGCCCAACAACAUCCAAAGACAAUGACAUCCCAGAUAAAAUACGAGAGCAGUCUUUGAUAAGCGAAGUGAAAGAUAUACUGCCACACUUGGGUGAUGGUUUUAUAUUGAAAUGCUUGCAGCAUUACGGGUUCAGUUCAGAAAGGGUUAUUAAUGCGGUUCUGGAGGAUACCUUAGCAGAUAGUUUAAGAGGACUCGACAGAAAUCUUCCAAUCAUCCCGGACGAUAUAUUAGACGAGAAGUUCCUGGAAACUGGAAUCGCAAGGCUGAACGUUUUCGACGGGGACGAGUUCGAUAUUAUGACAAGGGAUGACGUGGACGUUUCUAGAAUACACGUGGGUAAGAAGAAGGAGAAGUACAAAAGCCUGGGGGCGAUGUUGGAUGACAAGACAGUGGUCAAGAACAGGCUGGACAUAUACAGCAAGUAUAAUUUGGUCUGCGACGAGGAGUCGAUGUACUCGGACGAAUACGACGACACGUACGAUUCGGACGGCGUGGCCCCCACCGCGGACGUGACGGACGACCCCCGGCGGCCUUUCGUGACCCCGCGGGCUUUGCAGCAGAGGCAACGGGGGGCAGAGGAGGAAUCGGAGGAAGAGACUGAGGCAGUUGAAGAGGAGAAGGCAAGAGAAGGAGCCAGGAAUAUGGACUUUUGUAGGAAUCCGGAGGAAAUGCGCGCGCGCAGAGAGGCCAACAUGGCGGCGAAGCGCGGGAAAGGGUUCCGACCACAGCCGCCGAGGAAUGCAGACGUGGUGGGUAAACAGAAGGGCCAGGGUCAAGAGAAGGAGGUGCUCCAGAACCGGGAUAAGAAAGAGAAGCACAAAUCCGCCCGGGGCAACCACAACAGGCGACAGGGCGCCCAGUGGAAACGCAGCCAGGGCAUGAUGCCGUCCUAAACUCAAUAAGUAUACAUUAAAUAGGUUUUGCUAGGCAGUGGCGUACUAACAUAGGAUGUCGACUAGAGUAGGUAUUAUAGGUAGAGUUUGGGCCAUGAUAGACAGAGCAGGGAAUUUUGUUGCUGCCAAGCGCACAUUGAUGAUGUCAGCAUGCUGACAGGUACAAAGGCAUCUCGCAGCUUGCCAGCAUCUACUUAGGUAUUCCGCAGCAUGCCAGCAUCUACGGAGGCAUUCCGCAGCAUGCCGGCAUCUACUGAGGCAUUCCGCAGCAUUUGAGCAUCUACUGAGGCGUUCCGCAGCAUGCCGGCACCUACCGAGGCAGCCCGUAGCACGCCAGCAACUUACGACGCAUCCUGUAGCAAACCAGCAGCUAUAGAUGCAUCCCGUAGCAUGCCGGUGUCUAGGAAGGCAUCUCGAAGCAUGCCUGGAGCUAUAGAUAUAUCCUGUAGCAUGCCAACAGCUAGCAAGGUAUCCCAAGAAUGGCGGGACAUUAGUGGAUUUUGCCACGGCAUUUGCAAACGCGUGCGCUCCCCCUUGCAAAGGGCACUGCCUCACCCUACGAUCGUAUACCGUAGCAUGCUUUUGUAUCCCUAGGCAUGCCAUCGCAUUCCGCGGCAUCUGCGUGUAAGGCACGUCUCGAGCCUUUGAAGUAGCCGCCGCUGCUUAUAUGUGACGCAUGCCGCUUUAUCUCGGCUUAACAAAGCGUGUAAACUAUGAGAGCAAACCAAUCUUUAUUUAAAUACAUUAAGUUGCCAACCGUAAUCGGUAUCAUACAUGUAAGAAAAUGCGCAUUGUAUUGCGUUGUAUGGAGCACUUGUUAUCUCCAUACAAAAUUUAAUACGGCAUGAAUUAUUUUGUAUAUAUGACCAAUGUAUUUUGUCAUGUCUAAUAUUACAUCUUUUUAUACCUCACAAAACUACUCUGUACAACUAUCUGUUUGGACGUAACACAUUUGUCUGUUUCGGCUAAUAACCGUAUGUCAGCCAGUAGAAAUCGGCCACUUAAAAAUCGUUCAUAAAUUGUCGGAUUUUAUUACUUUGUUGUUUUAUUAUUUUAAUAAUUGUUAUUUGUUAUUUUCCAUAAAGUCGGUUUUUUGAAAAACGAUCCAUAAUGAGAGAUUUAAUUUUAUUUGUUUUAACUUUUGCACUAAGCGUGACAUCUGUUUACGUUAUAAUUAUUGUAAUUUUGACAGUAUUGGAUUACUUCACCAAGAUGUACAAAAAUGCCACUCAGUUUGUGUUGGGACUCGUGGUAUCUAAGGCCGAGUGCCACUGACAUGAAAUGACCGCUUUUUAAGUACGAACGUCACGGUCGUAGUUUAAAAUUAUUAUUGGUUCAUCGGAAUCACAAAAACAUCUUCAGGCGAAUGUUCGUACUAAUUUGUAGAUACUACGGCUUUUGUAGCACUAAAAACUCUAUUUAAAAUCCUGUAAAUAUAUUCCUUGUUUAAUCGGCCGUAUUCACUUUUCACUUUGAAGCCGUGAUAGCCCAGUGGGUAGGACUUCGACAUCACUUUCGGGGUAGCGGGUUCGAAUCCCGGCUCACACCUC